AUGAUACCUUUCCCGAAAUUUUUAAUACUGAGCUUGGUAGCGUACAUCUCGCAAGAUCCUUACUACGUAAAUGAAUGCGGCACAUCAUGGAACCAUACAACUGGCGGAAGUAGCAACCCCAGGGACAGGAUUAGUAGAUUAUUAACGGCUAAAUUGGAUAUGCAAAAACCAAAGCCAACUAAAGUUCAUGCUAAACCUGGUAACGGUGCACCUAAGGAAACCGUGCCACCAGGAAACAACCCUGGUAAACCAGGUUCUAAGGUUCCAUCAGAAAAACCGAUGCCACCGUCCUCACAAGAUAAGGCACCAAGUGAAAAAAAAGAAAGCAAGCCAAAAGGAACUGAAGUGAAGAAUGGAACGGAUAAGAAAACACCAGAACAAAGUCAAUCUCCGGUCAGUCGUAGUGGAGGUUUUCUUAAGAACACCGCUUUAGGAAAAUUGUUUAAAAAACAAGAUCCUACGGUUGGAUCAGAUGGACCAUUAGCUGCCUCACAGAAUAAUGAACAAGGCGAAAAAGCUACGAACAAGUCCGCAGGACUCCCGAGUGUACCGGCACGUACGGUAGUUAAGAAUAAAAGGUGGAUAUUCUUCGGUGUGUCCAAUUCUGCUUUUAAUACAGCAGUGGGUUGCUUGUACUUCGUAUCAUCUCUUGAAAAAUCUUUGCUUACCAUAUUUAUUUCUGCAUAUAGCGGAAGCAUAAUUGUUGUGCUCUUGAUUCUGUUAUACCUGUGUAUUCACGGAAUACAAAGGUCCAGAAAGUCGACAAAAAAAUUGAUUGGCAAUACUAGCCCAGAAAAACAGAAAAAGCUGGAAGUACCCGGGAAUGCAGAAGUACCCAAGAAAGUAGAAGCACCUAAGACACCGGAAGUAGCUGAGAAGACGGAAGCACCAAAGAAACCGGAAGCACCUAACAAACCGGAAGCACCUAACAAACCGGAAGCAACAAAGAAACCGGAAGCACCUAACAAACCGGAAGCAACAAAGAAACCGGAAGCACCGGGGAAACUGAAAUUACCUUGGUCACAGAAAUUACGCAAAAAACCAUAA